GCAGCCUUCAGAAGGACAACAUCUCCGUCAUACAUUCCGCUGUUCAGACGCGAAACAAUAUACCUCGUUAUAAAUUCAGGCGUAUAGCGCGAAUAUUUGACAUAAAUUUUGGCGGGAAAUGCGUUUCGUUAUAACGUCGUACAUAAACGCGAAUGAAUAAUUCGAUCGUGCUUUGGGACUGGUCAAGUUUCAAACUGUGGAACAACGUGGCGUCCUGUAUGGAGAAAUGGUUCGGUGAUAAACGGCUGUGGUUAUUUGGUAACAACCUGCCGCUGCUACCGAGAAGGUCACGCGCGAGCAGUCGCGCCAUGGAGCGCUAUGAAAAGCUCGCCAAGCUGGGCGAGGGGUCGUACGGCCUGGUGUACAAGUGCCGCAACCGGGACACGGGCGAGAUCGUCGCCGUCAAGAAGUUUGUGGAGAACGAGGACGAUCCGCUGAUCAGGAAGAUUGCGCUCAGAGAGAUACGCAUGCUGAAGAAUCUGAAACACCCGAAUUUGGUGAACCUGAUUGAGGUGUUCCGCAGAAAGCGCAAGCUGCACCUAGUUUUCGAGUACUGCGACCACACAGUGCUGCACGAGCUUGAAAAGUAUCCUGCUGGUUGUCCCGAACUGCUGUCCAAGCAGAUCAUCUGGCAGACCCUGCAGGGAGUAGCGUACUGCCACCGACACAACUGCAUACACCGUGAUGUGAAGCCGGAGAAUAUCUUGCUGACCAGCGAUGGUGUGGUCAAGCUGUGCGACUUUGGCUUUGCCAGGAUGAUCAGCCCUGGCGAAAGCUACACCGACUACGUGGCUACGCGUUGGUACCGAGCGCCUGAACUGUUGGUGGGCGACACUAUGUACAGCACACCUGUCGACGUUUGGGCCAUAGGAUGUGUAUUCGCCGAGCUAUUGUCAAGUGAAGCCCUCUGGCCUGGCAAGAGCGACCUGGACCAGUUGUACCUCAUUAGGAAGACCCUGGGCGAUCUCCUACCUAGACAUAUGACUAUUUUCUCACAGAACACAUUCUUUCAGGGUAUGGCGCUGCCAGAACCGACAACACUGGAACCACUGGAGAAGAAAAUCCCGCAGCGAUAUGCACAUAACGAAUUGGUUGUAGAUUUUUUAAAGAAAUGCCUCGACAAAGACCCGAUGAUGCGGUGGACAUGUGAGCAACUCCUGAGGCAUCCUAUCUUCGAAAAUUUCCUCUUCACAGUCCCACACUCCGAUCACGAGGAGUACGAGAAAGCGAGGAGAGCACAGGUGCAGUCGUCUCCCCUGCUGCCCCAGUUGAUCGUAACGGACCGCAAUCAGCCGGCCAAAGGCAAGAAGUCCGAGAUGGACUCGCGGAGCCACCUGCCUACCAUCUGACUACCACCACCCGCGCGACACCGAAACAAUUUAUUGUGAUUAAAUUAUUCAUAUGCA